UCUUCCUCGCGGCUGGGGGCCCGGCCUCUGGCUCGUUUCCGGUACGGUGGGUCGGAGAUGACGGAGCCGGGCGCCUCGCCGGAGGACCCCUGGGUCAAGGCAAGCCCCGUGGGCGCGCACGCCGGCGAGGGGAGGUCGGGUCGGGCUCGUGCACGUAGGGGGUUCGGAAGACGAGGGGAUUCCUGGCAGUCCCCAAAGUCCCCCCCGCUCUCCGGGCCCCGGGGCUGCAGAGAAGACAGCUCUUACCCCGCCUGUACCAAGGUGGGGACGCAACUGACCGAGGUGGAGUAUGCCUAUAGUGACAACAGCCUGGACCCCGGGCUUUUUGUAGAAAGCUCUCACAAGGGGAGUGUAGUGUCCAGAGCUAAUAGCAUCGGUUCCACCAGUGCCUCUUCCGUCCCCAACACAGAUGAUGAGGACAGUGAUUACCACCAGGAGUCCUACAAAGAGUCGUACAAUGACCGCCGACGGCGCGCCCAUACUCAGGCCGAGCAGAAGAGGCGGGAUGCCAUCAAGAGAGGCUAUGACGACCUUCAGACCAUCGUCCCUACCUGCCAGCAGCAAGAUUUCUCCAUUGGCUCCCAGAAGCUCAGCAAAGCCAUUGUUCUACAGAAGACCAUCGACUACAUCCAGUUUCUACACAAGGAGAAGAAAAAGCAGGAGGAGGAAGUAUCCACACUACGUAAGGACGUCAUGGCCCUGAAGAUCAUGAAAGUGAACUAUGAGCAGAUCGUGAAGGCGCACCAGGACAACCCCCACGAGGGAGAGGACCAGGUCUCUGACCAGGUCAAGUUCAACGUGUUUCAAGGCAUCAUGGACUCCCUGUUCCAGUCCUUCAAUGCAUCCAUCUCGGUGGCCAGCUUCCAGGAGCUGUCGGCCUGUGUCUUCAGUUGGAUUGAGGAGCACUGUAAGCCUCAGACCCUCCGGGAGAUUGUGAUUGGCGUCCUGCAUCAAUUAAAGAACCAGCUUUACUGACCGUUUCUUGGAACCUGCAGACAGCCAGCGAGGCCUUCGAGUCUCCCACUUGGUCCUGGCACCGCUGGGCUUAGGAGAUCGGACUGCAGCCCGCGCCCGGCCAGCCGGGUUCCUCCUCGGAGAUUGUUCCCUAGCCUCACUCUGAGGGCCUGGGGUGUUUGCGAACGCUUCUGAUUAAUUUAUUAUAUUGACCAUAAAACUCGAACCUACCCAGUCUUCCCCUCUCCCCGUGGAACGUUCCUGGGAUGGGAGCUGCUGGGCACCCCAGAGCUCCAGGUCUCUCCCCUUUUCCUAAGCCCCAAGUGUCAGAUCAUGACCUGUAUAUAUUUGGGGAUUCCUCCUGGCCUGUUUAGGUCGCUUGAGUAACAGGUGACCCAACUCUGACAACCCCCUCCCCCCCGGGAGGAAAGGAGUAAAAGAAACUUCUCUCGGUGUAGUUAGGCUAGAUGUCUGCCUCCUUGGGUAGGGCUAGUCAGCCUGGGUGGGGGCCAGGCUCCUGCCUCUGCCCUGGACAGGAGAGCAAGCCAGCCGUUCCUCAGGCACUAGUAACGUCAACUGUGACACAAUGUUGGCAAAAUAAAAUUUAUUUUUCUACAAUUUGCUAAAUUUACAAUUUUGGAAAAUUAACUGGACCUCAAGACCACUCCCAGCCUUGUGGUGCUGCCCAGCUGGCUCCCAGGCCUGGAGUGGACACGGGCCAGGGCAGAGCCCAGCAGUCCUGAUGCGGAGGCUCCGAGUUCCCCCUAUGUACAGUGGCCUCAAGCCCGUCCACCUCAGGCUCCCUUAUGCCUGCCUCAGGUUUGCUAUCUGGGAGGCUUUGUAUCCAGAGGAAAUUAAAUAUUUUUAUAUCAGAUUAUAUUACAAUAAAUAUUGCCAAAUGCUUUUUCCUUCA